AUGGCCGGAAUCGCAUCAGAGAUUGCCCAGGUGGGCGAGAUUGAGUUCUGUACACUCGGAAUGUUUAUUCUUGCGCUCACGGUGCAUUGCGCAGAUGACAUUGAUUUUGGAAAUUCCCGACCUGGUGUCAAGAAUAUUCUUGGAGGUGCCGCUUCUUUUGCAGUCGUAGGAGCUCGCUUAGUAGCCGGCGCGCCAUAUGCGCGGUCUGUGAGCUGGAUCGUGGAUGUUGGCUCCGAUUUCCCGCCGGAGACUCUUGCUGUUAUAAAGUCUUGGAAUACGAGCUGUGUGAUUCGAGAGGACCCUCAAAGGCUUACUACGAGAGCCUGGAACGGCUAUCAUCCCGAUGAAAAGCGAGACUUCAAAUACUUGACUCCAAAACUGAGGUUGGAGCCUUCGAUGCUUUCCGAGACACAGGUGUGGUCUCGCACGUUCCAUAUGGUCUGCUCUGCAGCGCGCUGCGUGUCUAUAGUAGCAGAUAUCCUGCGUCAACGAGAAGAGCUGCGAAGCGCAGGCCGGGCACCUUCUACUAAGCAUGCUGCAGAGCGGCCUAUCUUCGUCUGGGAGCCAGUACCCGACCUUUGCAUGCCGGAAGAGCAAGAGAAGUUCUUUGAGGCUAACCGGGUCGUGGAUGUGGUCAGCCCGAACCAUAUGGAACUUGGAAUGAUGUUCGAACAACCUGGUUGGACCGUGGAUAGCGAGCAGGGCCAGAGCCUAGUCCAGACGAUUAUUAAUUCCGGCAUUGGUCCGAACGGUGACGGUUGCCUGGCCAUCAGGGCAGGUAAGGAGGGAAGCUACGCCUACUCGAGAGAUCAGAAACUCUGGCUACCGGCUUAUCACCAGCCCGAUGCCUCGGGCUCUACGGUGGUGCUGGAUCCUACAGGUGCUGGCAAUUCUUUCCUGGGCGCACUGGCCCAAGGGAUGGUGACUGCCGGUCGUGAGCCAUUCGAGAUCAUUCAAUCCGUGCUGUCGCCCUCCGAGAGCUGGAGUAAAGUCAUGAAGGCCUGGGGCAAUCGUCAAGAUAUCCCUCUAGCGCUCAUCUGCGCAACUGUCGCAGCGGGCUUUGUGGUGGAACAAAUUGGCGUGCCAAAAAUUUCUGUGGCACGGAAUGGCAAAGAAUUGUGGAAUCAGUCUGAAUUCACGGAACGGGUCCGCCUGUACACGCAGCGAUUGUACACGACCGUGGAAGAGUCUCCCCAAAGGCACCUGUUGAUCAAUUGA